AUGAACCCGAAUAACCAAACCAAACCUCUGGGAGUAAAAAAUUGCCUCGUUGGUUCCUCUAUGCUCUGUCUUCCCUCUCAAUACUUUCUUCCAAGUGCACACCAGUACUCAAACGGAGGGAUGAAGCAACAUUUUAUCAACCCAGAAACCUCAAGUUACGGUGAUAGGAUAAUAAACAAUUAUCAAGAGGCUGAUUUUGCCAACACACUAAACAACGCAAAAGCAAAUCUACUGCAAGCCCAAAAUGAACCCAUCAAACUCAACUCUGCACCAGAGCUUACACUCAACAACGACCAAAGCAAUCACCAAAAUGAGACAUAUUUUCAACAUAACAUGCAGUACACGUUUAGUCAGAUGAACAGUACUGAAGAAUUUGGCCACUCACAGCAUAUGCAUCAUUACCCACAAGUUCCUAGUCAACAAAUGGGAAACAACAAGUUGCCUCCACAGCAUUUUCAGAACGAUCAGCUUGCCUUAAACAGUACAACCCCAAGUCCCCGUACUCCCAUGCAUUACCAGCCCAAGCCAAAUACGCUUCAAAAUAGAGUUUCCAAGCCUCAACACCAAAGACAUUACGUAUCAACCGAGGUGUCUCCGUCAAUUUCAAGCGUUCAAACAUUUGAGGACGCCAACCUCAGUAAUAAUACAGAAACUUUUACCCCAGAAAAUGUUUUCUACAGCGAGAAUGCAAACAAUUUUGUAGAAAGGCAGCACAAAGAAAAUAGCCCCCCAAUUCAAAAACGAAAUCCUUACAGUUAUCAGAAAAUUAAAGCAGAUGAAACUACAGAUUUUGGAUAUAAGCUAAAUUAUUACAACAUAAGCCAUCCAAUUGAACCCCCUAAUCCCAGACUUAUAGAUGACUUUGCUUUCCUUAACAAUUUUAAUUAUGACAUACCUGAAAAUAAAGUGACGUAUGAUUAUACGAGUACGAGAGAAAAACAUACGCCAGAACCGGCCGCUCCAAAUAUGGGUAUAUAUACCCCAAACUUGAAUAUCCAGCCCUCUCGAUUGCCUAGCGUUGAAAGCGCUCCCGCAAAUGAAGAUGUAAACUAUAUCAAUCCCUUUUCGAUUGAGCAACAAAAUGAAACUUCCCUCAUGAAUGCCUCAGAAAGACAAAGUAGCAUUAGCCCAAUAAAUAAUGAGUAUGUUGAUUAUGCAACUGUUCAUAACUUGAAUACAGUGUAUGAUCCUGAUCAAUAUCGAGGAAAAACUUAUGAUUUGAAUAUUGAAGAAACUUUAAUUGAUUGCUUUCCUCGUCAACAGAUUCAUGAACAAAAAGAUGCCGUCCCAGCAAAACUUUUUGAAAGCGAUAAUACCGAAGGAUCUAUUGACAACUUGAUGAAUCUUGUUGGCAAAAAUGCCAUAGACACAGACAUAAAUUAUAUAAUCUCAAGGUUGAACACUACACAGUUACAAAAAUUCUCAGGAACAAAAUAUUUUUUGCCAUCAGGCAGUCUGAACCCAGCAGAAACAACAUUACAAAAGAUCAUGAAUGGUGCCGACGAAAAAGAUUUACAUGCGCAAAAGGAAGAUUUGUUUCAAGCAUGGAAUGCUGCCAAGUCUUCUUACACAAUUAACUAUUGCAGUUGUAAAAGAUUCAUCUGGCUAAAGCCACUUCCUGAGACUUGUCCUUUUGAUCAAAACAAUUUCGGAAAUAGUCAGCAACGUAACACCACUCAUCGUGUUACCAACACUCCAAUUUCAAUAUCGCAUACGAGGUUAUCGUUUAACGUUGAGUUAUUCAAUAAUCAUAUUUUAUCCAUAUUGCUGAAUAAAAAAUUAAGAACGUACCUAAAGAAAACGAUAAGACCCUCUAAAAUGAUGAAAGAUAGAUGCAGCUCUAUGAGCCUCUUACAGGAUGGAAAGAUUUAUAGAGAUACUAUCGAGGCUGAUCUAAACAAGAUAGAUUUUGCGUUUACUUUAACCAUGAUUACCCCUAAAAUAAAAGGUAGCGGGCCUAACAGCAAAGACUUGAGUGCGGUUUACUUUGUGUUCAACGAACUUCCAAUUUUUUUACGAUAUCAACCGGAGUUCAUGUUUUUAGCUUGUGCAUGCGAUGUGAAUGAUAGCAAAGAAUGGAACAAAAGGUUGAUGACCCCUUUAUUUGCUUACCUAAAUUACUUGAAAGAAAACACCAUUCGAGUAAGCUUAAACAGACAUGAAUAUUACGUUAAGAUUGCAAUGUCAAUGGCAAUGACAAAUGGUUUAAAUGAUGAUAGUAACCUGCUAGAUAUAUCAUGUUCAAGCCCUACAUACCCGUGUGUUUAUUGUGCAGCACCAUAUCGCACUUUAAGUGAUGAAACGGGUUUUGAAUAUCAAACUCUUUAUGGCUCCAAAAGAUAUCCCGAGCACAACCCCAACGGCUGUAUUUCUGACGACAAAAGAUUAGUAUCGCUGGAUACAAACACUAAGAAACGGCCAUUACGGAAAGACUUCUUUUUAGAGCCUUUGAAAUAUUUCAAUUGUAAUCGUUGUCUUUUAGUCGAUGCUGAAAAAUGGAUAUUGGAAGGACUUUUCCAAUCCAUUGCAGAUUUGACCAAACACCUUUUCAAAUCUGAUUCUUCCGAUAUCUUGUAUGAUGUAUUCAAGCAGAACUUGUUGCAAACUCAUCAUAGUCUUGUUCAAAACAAGGUCCUUGAUAAUCCAAAUGCUUUGCUUCAACUUAUUGACCCUCAAUCAGAAAAAGUUUCGUUUACCUCUAUCUCGGACCUAAAGGUCUUGCAAGCCUUGUUCCCUCAUUUAUUUUACAUUUAUUUCAGUGGUAUGUUUGAGACACCAAAAAAGUUGAGGAAAAUUUUACCAACAAAACUCAAGAUUUUAUCUCUACUCAUUGAAUUAAAUGCAUAUAUAGGAUCAUUAUUUUCUUCUGAAAUUGCAAGAGAUAAAAUUCCACAUCUCAGAGAAGGUUUGCGUGACUUGUUAGAGGAAAUUGAGCAUCUUUCUAGAUUUGAUACCUUUAAGGAAUUGAAUCUAAUUCUUUCGUUACCAUUACACUAUAUGUCUCAUUUAUAUGAGAAAUGGGAAGACGUUGGAGACUACACUGCAAUAUCUAGCUGCCAUAUGGGACAAGCUAUUAAAAACUUCCAAGAUAUGUCAAAUAACAAUUGUGUUGAUCAUAGUGCUUUGCAAGAUCGAAUAAAGUGUUUGAACAUAUACAACUGUAUGAAGAUUUAUAAAUACAAAGUUCCAGAUUAUCCAGCAUACCAAUUUAUAAAUUGCGAGGAAGUUGAUUUAUGA